CCUCUCACUUCCACUGGCUACUUUUGGCCGCCUGUAACAACAGCAGCAUCAGACAAGGGAUAACCUAAUGAUGGAAGAAUUUGAAGACAAUGAUGCUCCUCCUGCUGGGGAUCUGACUCAAUGCGAAACCUGUAACAGAUCCUUCCUCCCUAAAGUCCUGCAAAGGCAUGCGAAAAUCUGCCAAAAGUCAGCAACCAAAAGGAGGAAGGUUUUUGACUCUAGCCGACAGAGAGCUGAGGGUACAGACCUCCCCACGCUCAAACCCCUCAAACCAAAGUCACAAGGUUCAUCUUCUACUGGGAAAGUAAGUUGAUUUGUCUUUUUUUUCAUUUGUCCUUUCUUUCUGUGUACAUUAGUUUUUAGUGGCACGAUUAAUCAGCUGAAGCCCAAAUGGCGUUUCCUCAGAUCCCUCACUGUUUCUGGCUUUAUAGAUACUGGUUUCCCCUCUUUGAGCCAUUGGCUUAAAUAGUCUGGAUGCGUGUCAACUCAUACUGGUGGUAUUAACAAACACACUGAAUCUGUGGUAUUUUCCUUUCCUUUCCACAACUAAAAAUCUUAAGAUGUAGCCAUGAUAAUUUCAUUUUCUUUCAACAUAACUGUGUUGACAGUAUGACCCCCUAUCUUCUCAAGCUGCACUGAUUCUUUUGAACCUGUUGUAGACUUAUACUCUUACUCUUUGACAACUCACCUUCAGAAUACAGAGCUCGGCCAAAAGCUGUCUGUCUGUUUGUCUUAGUUUGUUCUUGUAAACUUCUCUGCUGGCUGAGACAAAGCAGCCAGGACAGAGGACAGGAGGAAUGACAUACUACUGUAUGUGAUACCUGUGUUCUUCAUUAUUAUCAUUUAUAAACUUCACUCAGGACAAUUUAGAUUUGUUUCCAGUCAUUAGUGGCUUUGCUGUUGUAAACAUAGCUGUUGCUGCUCUAGAACCAAUAUUUAGUUAUACCUAAAUUACAAAUAACUUCUAUUCCUGUUCAGAUCAUUUAGUCAUGAAAAAGUAUUGAUAAGAGUGGCUCCUUGUACUAAAAUCCUAAAGAUACCUAUCCGUACCUGAA